CUUAAAAUUGCAUCUCUUGCUGGCACAUUUUUCUUUACAGUUGGCUUUUGACUCAGACUGUGCUGAAAGUUAUUAUUGAGAUUGAGUUUCUUCUCUUAGAAGCAUAUUGCACAGCUACAUUUUGGUAAAAGACAAAAAUUCCUUCUGGAGUUCGUAUGAUUUCCGGUGAGCUCCCUCGGAUGGAACCACCGACCCUCGUCUCAGCAGUUUCUAUAGGCAAACUGCAAAAUGCUGGGCAUGUCAUGUAUUUCUAGAGAGCUGCAUAGGAUGAGAAGUGCGCCCUUUGUCUCCAAGGUCAUAAUGGCUCUGCUGACUUUAAUUCCUUUCACUGGAGCUAGUGAGGACGACUCGAAAAUGCCAGAGAGAAUGAGAGCCCCCUGCCCCAUGAUCCCAAAUGAAAAACAGAGAGAACACAGAAAUCCCCUUACGCUUUACCUCCACGUCGCUUUUGUGUGGUUCUUGCCAACACAGCAGCCAUCCUGCUAUAUAUAUAUAUCAGCUACCACACUUGUCCCCAUCACACUGGACGCCGAUCAUCCGCUCUCCACAACCAUGGGGAAGAUCAUAUUCUACGAGGACCGGGGCUUCCAGGGCCGCUGCUACGAGUGCAGCAGCGACUGCCCCAACCUGCAGACCUACUUCAGCCGCUGCAACUCCAUCCGCGUGGACAGCGGCUGCUGGAUGCUCUAUGAGCAGCCCAACUACCAGGGCUACCAGUACUUCCUGCGGCGGGGGGACUACCCCUCCUACCAGCAGUGGAUGGGCUUCAAUGACUCCAUCCGCUCCUGCCGCGUGAUUCCUUAUGGAUUGAACCCAGGAGCACUUUACCACUGAACUACAUCACAGCUCUUCUAAUUUUUUAUUUUGAGGCAGGGUCUUCCUAAGUUGCUUAGGGAAUCGAACUUGCAAUCCUCCUGCCUCUGCCUCCCAUGUUGCCGGGAUUACAGGCAUGCGCCAUCAUGCCCAACUAUAUAUUGUCUUCUUAAGUGCUAAGACAGUGGAUGUUAAGUGCUUUCACCACAAAAAUGAUAACCAUGUGUCGAUACCCAUAUGUAUUAGCUAGCUUUAACCACUCCACAAUGUAUACAGUAUACGCUUAAAAGCAUCACGUCGUGCAUGAUAAAUAUUACAAAUUUACCUGUCAAUUCAAAACUAAAUAAACUUUUAAAAUAAAUUUAAAGUUGAAAGCA